GACAUUCGAUGUGGGCUUGAAGUAAAGGCCGUAAAGUAUGGGCGCCGAGGUUCCAGCCAGCCGCCGCAUUGGUUCCCGAAAAUCAAGAUCUGGGUGUAAAACCUGCAAGAUUCGGAGGGUCAAGUGCGGCGAGGAGAAACCAACAUGUCACCGUUGCUCCAGUACGGGGCGACGAUGCGAGUAUGAGGGCGAUGGAACCUCCCCUAUAGGUUCAACUACCCCGCCGGCUCUCGUGCUUAGCCAAGCACUGUCACUAUCGCCAAAUUCAGGCCGGCGCGAGCGUCGUGCAUUCGAGUAUUAUUUUCAGCAUGCCGCAAAAUACCUCGCUGGUGGUAUGGCCAUUGAUUUUUGGACCGGCGUUAUCCCACAGCUUUGCCGUACAGAGCCUGCUGUGUGGGAUUCCAUGAUUGCGAUCAGUAGUCUUUUUGAACAUCCUGACCAAUGCACUGAUUUUACAUUGCUGAGGGCCCGUGAAACAAGCUCGAAUCGUAUAGACUCAUCUCAGCGAGAUGCUUUGACAUGGUACUCCCGGUCGAUAUCGAACAUCCAUUCUCAAAUUGAGCGCGGAAAAGCAGACCCAUACAUUGCACUCAUUAGUUGCGUGCUAUUCAUCUGCAUUGAGACAAUUCAAGGACGCAUGGAGGAGGCAUUACAGCUAUACAAGCAGGGUAUGAGCUUGAUACGUGACCUCCGAAGUCAAGUUUCCCUUGGAAAGGUGUCCGCCACAAAGGUCGCUCUUCUGGAGCACACGAUGAUCCCGCUGUUCCUACGUUUGGGAACCAUCUCCCUGACAAUAUCUGAAGUUCAACCCACCGAGAUUUUUGCACUCGUCGGGCAAGAGACAAGCGCUUCUACAUUUCAAUCGAUCAGCUCUGCUCGAUCUGCCAUCGUUGUUCUUUCUAUGGAAAUAAUCAUUUUCGAACGGGAAGCAGGGACACACCUGGAUGCCGUCGGAGGCGAAGCUUUCGUGAGUCAAGAUAUGCUUGCGAGGAAGCAGUCCUUGCAAACCAAACUCGACGCCUGGUUUCGCGCUUACAAUUCUUAUUGUCAACGCAUUUCGGCUAAAUUUUACCCUUUGGGGGUUGAGCCUCUCCUCCUGUCAUAUCAUGCUGCAGCAUCUAUCUUUCUAUCUGGAUGUCUCACACUUUCAGAAACCGUCUUCGAUGCUCAUAUAGCACAUUUCGCAAUCAUCGUUGAACAAGCUGAUCUGGCGCUCAGUGCCUCAGCUGGACCCGAUGGCUCACAGCCACCAUUUACCUUUGAGAUGGGCGUUGGUAUUCCGCUCUUUCUCACAUCAAUGAAGUGUCGAGAGCCAAGCUUACGACAACGAGCACUGCACCUAUUACUACAAGCACCCCCGAUGCAAGGCUUCUUCAAAUGUGCUCCAGUCGCGCUUCUAGCAGGAAACCUCAUGAAACUCGAAGAGCAUUAUGCUAGCACGAUGCGAGAAAAGACAUCAGAGCAACUCUCUUCCGAUGAUACUCAUAAUUCUGUGUAUAUGAAGACACCGCUAGAGCUCAUCCCGGAAGAGGCACGUGUAUCUUUUCGUGGCGUCUUCCGACCUGCGAACGGCUUUCCUACCAAUAUCGGGGAGUUUGAUGUCGCUAGAUGGGGCCGUGGUCCAGAUCAGCUUUUCUUGCACUAUUCGAGACAAAUAUUCAACGCGAAUAGCAAGACAUGGCAGCAAGUUUCAGAGGUUGUGCCCUUAGAGGCCUAAAUUGCAGUUUGAGGGGAGGAAUAGCAAACCCUCUGGUAGGACUUGUUUUACAUCGUUUCUCUCCGUCGGCUCGCCAAAUUGAGUGUUUUAUCGCUGCAUCCCUCGGCCACCUCGGCCUUGCCAUACCAUGUGUGCAUGUCUCAUGGCCAUCGAUUGAGAUCUGAGCUCAUCGCUCUUAGGCCUCCCUCAAGAACUUAGAGUAGCUCGACUGCGAUGAGCUACUGUAUAUGAUAUACUAGAAAGUCCAGAUGGACAGUCUCCCGAGCUCCGCCCGCAGGCUCAAGGCUCGAGCCAUGUGAAUUGCCGGGACCCUUCAUCAGAAGUAUAUCCCGCCAAUCCAUGCAAUACAAGUUUACACAUUCCAUAUAUUUGCCCCUCUUUCUCAAGCGAGUGUCGUAGGAGGUCGAGGAUUUGAUAGGUACUUAAGUGGUUUGAGAUUCAAUUAUGGAUCUGACUGAGUAUCGCUGUCAGUGAACUAUGAAAAUGUGAAAUAAUCAUUCUCUAUAUUUGGAAAAUGGUUUCCGACAGAGUGAAAUUUCGGCCAAUGUCAACGUGACCGUCCUUUAGCUUUCCUCCGUUUGCGAAUUUCGCCCAUAAAUCCUUAAGUUCCGAGCCAAGCCGGGAGAGAUGCUCUUCCGUGUCUUCGCCGGCGAGCAUAGGAGCAGCUUUCCAAGACUCUCUCGUUCCCAACACAAAUGGAAUGUCGAUGCAGUGGCAUGCUCCCAGCGGGUUCUUUAUUCCUGCCCAGCCAAAUGAAUACCUUGUCGAAGUCCCACCGGCUUGGAGUACCUGCUGAUGAAAGCGCUGGGAUGGCCACUUGAAGUAGCUCUGAGUAAUGUACCAGGUUCCAAGAGUCUCUAUAUAAGGUCCAAUGAGGGGUAAUCUGAGUAGGUUUUGCGGUCCCAUCAUGCUGGCAAAGGGGCGUCCAUCGUGAUCGGUCCAGCCAAUGAGAAUGGGGAUAUCCUUCGCAGCCUCAUAAAUCUUUUGAUCAAAUUCUUGCUCCGUUGGCAGGGGCGCGUAUCCAAGAGCCGGUGCAAAUAGCAUGACUUGCGUCUGAACUGGAUUCAUCAAAAGCUGCUUCUGAACGCCAAGUAAUUCGUCUAUAGACAUCUCUCUUGGGUCCUUGGUAAAAAGUUGCUCCGCCUUUUGUGUGAGCAUGGGUGCCGUGGGCGUCCGUUCUUUCAACUCUCGUAAUGGCGGGCUAAGAAGGAUGGCGCGAUGGAAGAGGCCCCUGGCAUUUUCCGAGGCCAUCAAGCAAAUGAUCGAAUCCGCGCCGGCAGAUUGACCAACGAUCGUGACAUUGCCCGAGUUUCCACCGAAGGCAGAGAUGUUCUCUUGGAUCCAUUGCAAAGCAGCUCGCUGGUCCAAGAGUCCAAGAUUGGCAGGUGCAAUGCCCUCCAAAUGCAGGUAACCGAACACUCCCAAUCGAUAUGUGAUAUUGACACAGACUAUUCCCCGUUUGGCGAGGUCUAUCGGCUGGUAGCAGUCUAGGUCUCCACCGCCAGAUAUAUAGGCACCACCGUGUAGCCAUACCAGGACAGGAGCAUUUGUAGCAUCCUUGAGAGCAACGAUGGAUAUGCGCAAGCAGUCUUCGCUCAAGUUAUGACCCUUGGUUAAGGGACCCAUGACAGACUCCAAUCGCGAAGGGAGUUGUGGACAUAUUGGCGCGCGUUCGGUGCAGUUCAAGGCAACAGUCCAAUUUUCGGUCGGCUGUGGCGUUUCGAAACGCUGUGCUUGAGCAUAAGGAACUCCUCGGGCGUGGAUAAGGCUGUCCUCCACCAAGUUGGCUUUGAUAGGGCCCCCAGGCAGUUGAAUUGUUAUCGUGCUGGCCAUGGUGAUGUGUGGCCCGGAGAGAGAAGGACCGAUUCAAUGCAAUGGAAAAAGAGAGAAUUCUAGAACGAAAAAGAUGAGGAGGUACAGAGAACUAGACCAUGGCUUUCUACCAAACGAGCUGCUGGAACGUUG